GUCUGUAGCACUUCCAUGGGCUCAGAUAUCACCUGGAGCUGCCACUUGAGGGGACCUCAGACGCUCCCCUCUCCUCAACACGCCUUUUAUGCCCCCUCCAGCAGCGAGUUUUGCUGCCCUCUGUUAUUGCCAAAACCCUGCCACGAGCCAGAAUCCCCCUUAAACAACUUCCUCAGCAGUCUGAAGCCACCCCAUGUGCGUGCCCUGGGCGAGAUCCCUGGCGUGGGCGCAACUGCGGCACCGAGGGGCACAAAGCCGUCCCGGGGGGCAGCGAAGCCGCCGAACCUGGGGCUGCGGGGGGGGCCGUGGGGGCAGGACGGGGAGCAUGAGGGGCGGUCGGGAGGCCGCCAUGACACCCGCUCCGCCCGCCGCCAAUCGGCGCCAUUUCCCGGCGGCCCCCGCGCGGGCCGGGCCGCCCUCAGGCCGCGCUGCCGCCGCCGGUCGCGGCCCCUGCGGCCGGAGCUCGGGGGUUGUCGCCCUCCCGUCGUUCCGGACCGCGCCCGUCCUGCCUUCGCCGGAGUACAAGGAGAAAGCAAUUCAGCUAGGGGUUGUAUGUUGUUUGCAGCACUUGAUGUGAAAGAGUUUGAUUGGAGCAUGGAGCCUGUCCCCCCGCUGGAACCAGGGAUUCCUGCAGGAAAAAACUCACCCGUGCCACAGAAGAAAUUCCGUGUCUUGGUGGGGGUGACUGGAAGUGUGGCUGCUCUGAAGCUGCCCCUGCUCGUCGUGGAAUUGCUGAAAAUCCCUGGGCUCGAGGUGAAGGUGGUCACGACUGAGAGAGCAAAGCACUUCUACGAUGCUCAGGAGAUUCCUGUCACCCUCUAUGGCGAUGAAGAUGAAUGGCAGCUCUGGAAGGGUCGGUCGGACCCCGUCCUGCACAUCGAGCUCCGGCGCUGGGCUGACCUGAUGGUGGUGGCACCUCUGGAUGCCAACACGCUGGCAAAGGUUGCCAAUGGCAUCUGUGACAACCUGCUGACUUGUGUCAUCCGCGCGUGGGAUCUGAGCAAACCUCUGCUCUUCUGCCCAGCCAUGAACACGGCCAUGUGGGAGCAUCCCAUCACAGCUCGGCAGGUGGAGCAGCUGAAAGGCUUUGGCUACACAGAAAUCCCCUGUGUAGUAAAGAAACUCGUGUGUGGAGAUGAAGGGCGAGGUGCCAUGGCAGAAGUGUGGACCAUCCUGGAGAGAGUUAAAAGGAUCAUUGAAGAACUGGAUGUGCCAAGGCAGAGCUGAUGUUUUGGCAUGUAGAUGGUGUUUUUGUGCCUUUCUGAUGGUUUAGAGAUAAAGCCAGCAGGAAGCCAAGCUGCCUGUGGGUGCCCCUGGUAUGCAUACCUAUAGCUGCUCUUCAACAGGAGGAGCCAACCGUUGUCUUGCAGCUGGUGCCAAACAGUUGGUACAUCACUGCAGACUUUUGAAAACCAAAGCCAAGAAUGUGCUGCCUUAGGGUGAAAAACUCUGUAGUAUCUUGCAGACGGGGACUAAACAUUCCUGAGACUGCUCAGAGCCCAGUACUUCACAGCAGUGCUCUGUUCCCAGGAGGCUGCAGAAGGUUUUUCAGCUCCGGUCCAAGGAGCUGAAAAGGAGUUUCCCCAAGGACUUCUAGAGAGGAGAAUGCAGUGCAAACUCUGGUGAUGGGGAUAACGCCAGCUCCUUCCAGCACCUUCCAGCACGUGUGUUUUGGACCAUCCCUGCUCUCCAAAGCUCGGCGUGUAGCUGUGCUGGCUGCAUGUUCCCAGCAGGAGUCACUGUCCAAAAAGCAUUUUCCCUCUGGGAACUUAAUAAAAAUGAGCUUUUAAUCCUGCCUCUGA